UUCAUCAAAUUUUUCUAACAGGUAGAGUUCAGCAUUUAUUUUCAAAGCAAAAUUUAUAGAACAAAGAUAAUUCUUUACGAUUAACAUUCGGAUUCUAAGCUGUGUGCCUCAUUGACUUAAAUUAAAACAGAAAUACGCAUCAUUUGACAAUUUUACUCUGCCCUACCCUACCCAGUCUGUUAUUUUGUCCUCUUUUGUCCAGUGUUUUUCCCGCGCAAGUUUGAAGAUGGCUUUGAGGGAUAAUGGCGGUCAGACGACAAAAAGAGCCACAAAAGUCCCCAGAACGGUCGUUAUAAUACACUCAGACGAGCUUGUAAGAUUGUGCGAUAAUCUGCCCAAAGUUCCUAAACGGGCAUCGCUGACUCAUACAUUGAUUAAAGCCUAUGGACUUAUGGAAAAUGCCAGAGUCGUUCAACCAAGACGAGCCUCAGUCAGAGAGCUUUCUGCUUUCCAUUCUUUGGACUACAUUGAGUGCUUAGAACAAGUAACAAAUGGUGACGAGUGCGAGGAAGGGGAGCAUGUGGCUUCUGAGUAUGGUUUAGGCUUUGAUUGCCCUGUGUUUGAUGACUUGUUUAGCUGCAUGUCUGCUGUGGCUGGAGGAACGCUUACUGCUGCCGAGAUGUUGAACAAAAGGGAAUGCUCUAUAGCAAUCAACUGGCAGGGAGGCUGGCACCAUGCCCAGAGGGAUGAAGCAUCUGGAUUCUGCUAUGUUAACGAUGUUGUCUUAGGGAUUUUGAAGUUGCGGGAGAAGUUUGAUAAGGUUCUCUAUGUGGACAUUGAUCUUCACCAUGGCAAUGGGGUUGAAGAUGCCUUUUCUUUUACUUCAAAAGUAAUGUCGCUAUCAUUUCAUAAAUUUUCCCCUGGAUUUUUCCCAGGUACAGGAUCACACUAUGAUGUGGGUUUUGGCAAAGGAAAAUAUUAUUCCGUCAAUGUGCCUCUGAAGGAUGGAAUCACUGACAAGCCUUUCAUUGAAAUAUUUUCAAGAGUGAUGUCAGAGGUCAAGAUGAGAUUUAAGCCAAAUGCAGUUGUUUGUCAGUGUGGUGUUGAUACACUGGCUGGUGAUCCUAUGGCAUCUUUUAACCUCACCCAGCACAGUAUCGGAGAGUGUGUCAAAUACCUAAUGCAAUGGAACCUGCCAUUGUUAUUGCUCGGAGGAGGCGGAUAUAAUGUAAAGAAUGCUGCAAAGUGCUGGACAUACUUGACUGGUGUGGCUCUGAAUCAAUCAUUAUCACUUGACAUCCCAGAGCAUGAGUAUUUCCUGACCUAUGGACCAGACUACCAGCUUAAUAUUCCACCUGGAAGACGGCAUGACAUGAACACCACAGAAGAUCUCAAAAAUCUCCUCAACACUGUAUCAGGAAAUCUGCGAAAGAUUAGAUGAUGACACCUUUUUAAAAAAAUAUAUUUAAAGUUGGAUGUAACCAUUUGAUAAUCUGCCUGAUGCAGUGGAAGCGACCAUGCAUUUUGAGCUUCAAGAGUUUUUAUUGUAUAGUUGUAAACUAGUUGUAUUUGCAGUCGGCUGGUCUGAUUUCAUUUGGAGUUUGCAGAAUAAGCGUACCUGGCAAACAGGCAUGCAUGUCUUUUAACAUACCCCAGAAGGGGUUGCCUGAGAUUCAGUGUCUCUUAUCACAUAGCAAAAGAAGUCUAUAGUGGUUCCUUGUAGGGUACGAAACUUGAACCACACCUAAACUAUGAGUCUAUGAAUGAGCGACUGAAUGGAUCAACGUUCUUAAAUGUUAUCUAGUUUUACUCAACCUUUGCAAGAUACCUUCAAGAAAUAUCGUGGAAGAAUCACCUGUUUUACGAGAUUUCAAACCCAAAAUUAUUGUUUAACCAUGUUUUUGUUUCAUACAUGGAGCCCCCUCUAACAUUAUUGAGACACCGGUAUUUAUUUUUAACAUUUCCUGAAUGAAUGAAAUACUUCCAUAAUAAAAAGAAUAUGGAAUAUUUAUUUUUAUACAUCAGUCAAUCUAAUUAUACAGUAUACAGUACAUAGUAUUACAUCUGCUGUAAGCAUAAUAGAUAUAUUGUCAUCAGAAGUUGUGAUCAAACAGAACUCUGAUAGUUGGUAGGAAGUCUUUUUUACAAUUAUAUUUUGCAUAAAGCAGAUACUUUUGAUUCUAAUUAAUGGUGACACCAAACACUUUGUAAUUUUGUCAGGUUGCUGAAAAAGAGUGAUUGAUUAAAGAAAGUGUUCAUCAUUCAA